AUGGUGAAGAACAGGAUACGGACAAUAACAGCCGUUUAUUUGAAAAGACCAUUCACUGUGAACUCUCUGCUCUCUCCGGAACCUGACCCACUUCCACCCUCUGUUCAGACAUUCUGGCAGUGGGUUUGUGACGAAAACAUAGUCUCCCCCAAGUCACCAGUGAAGCCAGGGGUCGUACCAGAAGGUCUAGGAUUGGUUGCUCAGAGAGACAUAGCCAAAAAUGAGGUCGUUUUGGAGAUUCCCAAAAGGUUUUGGAUCAAUCCGGACACAGUCUUAUCCUCGGAGAUUGGGAAUGUGUGUUCUGGGUUGAAGCCUUGGGUCUCAGUUGCUCUGUUUUUGAUCAGAGAGAAGCUGAGGGACGACUCGCCGUGGCGACGCUACAUUGAUGUUCUUCCAGAGUACACGAAUUCUACUAUUUAUUGGUCAGAAGAGGAGCUCUCUGAAAUUCAAGGUACCCAACUAUUCAGCACAACAUUGGGUGUGAAAGAAUACGUGCAGAGUGAAUUUCUAAAAGUGGAAGAAGAAAUCCUACUUCCUAACCAGCAACUUUUCCCUUCUUCUAUAACAUUGGAUGACUUUUUGUGGGCAUUUGGGAUACUCAGAUCAAGGGCAUUUUCUCGCCUUCGUGGUCAAAAUCUCGUUUUGAUCCCUCUGGCAGACUUGAUCAACCACAGCCCCAGCAUAACCACAGAAGAUUAUGCAUAUGAGAUUAAAGGAGCUGGUCUUUUCUCUAGGGAUCUCUUGUUUUCUUUACGGAGCCCAGUAUAUGUCAAGGCUGGUGAACAGGCUUUAAUCCAAUAUGAUUUAAACAAGAGCAAUGCUGAGUUGGCUCUGGAUUAUGGAUUCAUAGAACCAAGGGCAGAUCGUAAUGCAUAUACAUUAACAUUAGAGAUAUCUGAGUCUGAUCCAUAUUUCGGAGACAAGCUGGACAUUGCAGAGUCAAAUGGUCUGGGAGAAACUGCCUAUUUUGAAAUAAUACUAGGCUGCCCUCUUCCACCAGCAAUGCUUCCAUAUCUGCGGCUGGUAGCGCUUGGUGGGACCGAUGCUUUCCUCCUGGAAUCCAUUUUCAGAAACUCUAUUUGGGGCCACGUUGAAUUGCCAGUUAGCCGUGCCAAUGAGGAGCUUAUAUGCCACGUCAUCCGCAAUGCCUGCAAAACUGCUCUUUCUGGAUAUCACACAACCAUUGAAGAGGAUGAGAAGUUGAAGGAAGGUGGAAAUCUUGAUCCAAGGCUUGAGAUAGCGGUGGGGAUACGAGCAGGGGAGAAGAAGGUACUGCAACAAAUUGAUGGAAUCUUCAAGGAGAGGGAACUGGAACUGGACGAAUUGGAAUAUUACCAAGAAAGGAGGCUUAAGGAUCUUGGUCUGGUUGGGGAGCAAGGUGAAAUAAUUUUCUGGGAGCCCAAGUAG